AAGGGCUCUAGCCGUGGGGGCCGGCUACCGUGGAGCGCCCGUGGCGCGGCUGGAGGCGGGCAGUGGGGAGGGGAAGCGCUUGGUCAACAAGGGCGUGUCCCAGGACACUUGGGCAGAGGUGGACCUGGCAGCCCCAAGCUCCGGCCGGGGGCCCCCCGGAACUCCUGCUCUGAUGCGCCCGGGUGGGGCGAGGUUUUGUGGGACAGACUCUUCUGCUCUGCUUCAAAGAUGCCCAGAAGGGAGCAGGUGACAGAGCGUCUCUCUGCCCGCGAAGGCGAGCGUGGCACGCGCCUCUCCACAGCGGAUGCCACGCCAGAGCGGCUGGACCAGGUCAUCUCGGAGCAGGCCACCCUGCGUGCAGCCCUGGCCUCCCUCUCGGAGGAGCUGUGUAAGCUGGCGAAAUGCCUGGAGGAGACGGCAGGCCGGGUGGAAGCCCUGGAUGCCAAGUUGGUGACCACGCAGAGCUGCGUGGUGAAGCACGCAGCUCUGAUGAGAGAGCUGGCCCAGGGCGGCCUGGAGACAGAGCGCCGGCUGGAAGAGCUGGAGAACAGGGUGCGGGCCCGGAACGUCAGGGUCGUUGGGGUCCCGGCUGCUGUGGGAGACACAGACCUCAUCCCCUUCUUGGAAAAUCUGGUGCCAGCUUACUUGGGUUUAAAUGCGAAGGAAGCUCCUAUGCGUAUAGAAAGCGCAUACCGGCUUCCCAUCAGGGAAGCAGGCAGCGGUGCCCGGGUGGAUGGUGGUGGCACUGUGCUAAUGACCCUCUCCGAUUUCUGGGCCCGAGAGAGAAUUCUGCGGGCAGCACGGGCCUGCUGCACAACCAAAUUCCAAGGCCCCAAGGUCUCCUUCUUCCCCGACCUCAGCCCUGCCACGCAUGCCCGGCGGCAGCGUCUCAUGGUGCUCAAGCAAGCGUUUGUGAAGGAGGGGGCUCAAGCCUACGUCCUGUACCCUGCCAAACUAAAGGUCCUGUGCCGGGGGCAAACCUAUGUCUUCAGGGACUGCACGUCUGCAGCCCGCCUGCUGGAUGAGAUCAGACAAGAACGGCUGACUAUGGCUUUGAUCCGCAACAGACUGGGGCUGCUGGUCCUCGGAGUCCUCGUCACCUUUGUCCUCUACCUGUUGCUCCCUGCAAUCCAUCACGAGACGUUCACGUCCAGGGCAGGCAGCCACAAGGCCCAGGCCAGGGCUGAGGAGAAGGGCCAGCAAGAUGUCAAUGUCACCGUCCUAACAGGGACCAUUGCAGGGAGCCCAUCCAUCUUCUUCAGAGAAGGCUUCCUGCUCCAGAAAGCUGGGACUCCCAGCCCCAAAAGGCUGGAGGUGGUUUUUCUGCAUGGCCAGGCUUUCACUUCUAAGACCUGGGAGGACCUGGGGACGCUGACCCUGCUCUCAGAGGAAGGAUAUCGCUCCGUUGCUAUCGACCUGCCUGGCUACGGCAGCUCCCCGCUUUCCGAUUCUGUCUCCACGGAGCAGGGCCGUGUCGCCUUCCUGCUGCAUGUGUUGAAGGAGCUGGGGAUCCAGAGGCCAGUUCUGAUCAGCCCAUCCAUGAGUGGCCACUAUUCCGUCCCCUUUGUCCUGGUACAUGGGGCGCAGCUGAAGGGCUUUGUGCCCAUUGCGCCUGUGGGGACCCAGGAGUACACAGCCCAGCAGUACCAGCAGGUCCAGACGCCGACUCUGAUCAUCUAUGGUGAGCGUGACACUGGCCUGGGCGCUCAGUCCCUGCAGAGCCUGCAGCAGCUCCCAAAGCACAAGGUGGUGGUGCUACCUGACGCCGGCCAUGCCUGCUACCUGGAGAAGCCUCGCGAGUUCCAUGAGGUGCUGCUAGCCUUCCUGGGCGAGCUGCAGUGAACGUGGACCCCCCUGGGGCCAGAGCCUGGCUGCGCUGAGCCUUGGCUGCGUGGCUGGGACGCUGACUCUCUGACCCCAUCAUUAAGGGCUGUUGGACUUGUCCGGGGGUGGGAGUUCUCACCGCUGCCGCCCUCCUGGGUCUCUGAUCCUGCGGCGAGUCGGGCUGGAGGAGCUGUGGGCUUGGCAAGGGACUUGUUGGAUGUCGUCAGCCUCUGCAGGGGGAUGUGCCAGGUGCUGGGAUUCUGCCUGCUUAGGGGCAUGAUUCUGCUGUGUGUGUUGGGAGGUAACCGGCCCCCUGCCAGCUUCUGGCUGUGCUCUCCUGUUGCACGGUCCUCGUGUUUGUUGUUUUCUCGUCCCCCUGCCUUGCCUCUCUGCAAGGAGCCCUCACUAGGGCCCUGGACCGUUGCUGUUAAACGAUGGGCUGGCGUGUUCGCCUGAGGGGUGGGGGACAGGCCAGGUGACUUUCUGGGGCUUGUUCCAAAGAGCGUCGCAGUAGAGUAGCUGAGCAUCUCACUCGGCAGGGGCUGAGGUGUGGCAGUGCUUGGUCCCCACCAAUGGCUCCUUUGGGUUAGCAGUUGUGUCUGGUUGUUGUUUGUAGGGGGCAUUAAAUGGGCCCUUUUCCCGCAAAGCAAGGGCCGUUGGCAUGUUACCGGGGUGUGAUUGAUUUAACUCCUGGGUGGGUAAGCUGCUCUGACCAGGCCCAGAGGAGGGAGCUCUGUGGAGGAGUCUGGUAUGAGGCCAAUAAACCAUUUGUACAGUG